AUUUCCCUCUAGAUCCUUCUUCCUACCUGCCUCUCUCGUCUAUUUUUAAUCCGCAUUUCUGAAAGUGGCUACUUUUUCUUAUCUAGCUCCAGAAGUGGAUACCCUUUUACAAUCCGCCAUGAUGCCGUUUAUGCGCAUGUGGUCUCGAUUCUCCUCGUCACCUGCACCUGAGAGCACCCCUGUCAACAACGAGCCAAUAAGUACUUAUACGAGGGGCACGGAGUCGGUUGCCAUCGACUGUAAACAUCCGCACUUUCCAGUUCCGCGCAAAGAAGAGUCUCGAGCUCUCCAAGCACAGAUCGAACCUGCCUCAAGCUCUUCCGCACAAGAACCAGCCUCAUUCUGGAAAGAUAUCAACCCACCGGCAGGGCAUAAGUAUACACCAGCUGUGCUGGCCCACAGCAGUGAUAAAUCAUCUUUACCGUCUUCAUCACCCCCGCCAGUCCAACCACGGAACAAAGACGCAAUGGACCGAACCAAACCUACCUCGACCAGAAACAGUGCCCUUCCGGGCUAUAACGACGUGAGCGGCGCGGUCAUAGUCGAUUGGAAUGGCCUACCUCAUUUCCUCUCGCCCCAGGAGGAGUUAGAACGGAAAUCGAGACUGGAACGCGCCGUACGUGAACGGAUGUUGGGACUGUCGAGACGGACAGACUUUGCUUGGGAAAGCCCUUGUCAUGGAACCACAUUGCCGCAAUACUCGCCUGCAAAGGCUAAACGAUCACAACGACCAUCACACAGAAGUGACCACUAUGGAUGAGUGUUGGUUUUGGAUCCAAGGAAGAAUUAUUGAGCUAGUCUUCUCUGACUACCUAUAUAUGACGAGGAUUCGUUGCUCUAUACCUAUGGAUGGACCUUUUGGUCUCAUGAUACGGUCGCCAGCUCCGAUUUAGUGAACCUAUGGCGGCGUCCAAGAGAGUUCUACACAUGUGACGAUUUUAU